GAAUUCCCAAUCUUCCACCAUGACUAUCCGUUUCAAGAAAAACAGGAAGAAGAGAGGCCACGUGUCAGCCGGACACGGUCGUGUGGGAAAACACAGAAAACAUCCAGGAGGUAGAGGUAAUGCUGGAGGUAUGCAUCACCAUAGAAUCAUGUUCGAUAAAUACCAUCCAGGGUAUUUUGGUAAAGUUGGUAUGCGUUAUUUUCAUAGGCUUCGUAACAAAUUUCAUUGCCCCAUAGUCAACCUUGAUAAGCUUUGGUCAAUGGUACCUGAUGACGUCAAGGAGAAGGCUUCUAAAGAAUAG